UUUUUCUCUUCUAUCUUGAAGGGUCAUUGGAGAUUUCCAGGUGGAAAAGAAAUACAAGGUUAUGCCUACAUCUUAACUCACCCAGGAACUCCAUCAGUUUUCUACGAUCAUAUUUUUUCUGAAUAUCAAUUUGAAAUAGCAACACUUAUCUCCAUCAGAAACCGGAACAAAAUCCACUGUCGGAGCACGGUUCAAAUAGUGAAGGCAGAGAGAGAUGUUUAUGCAGCAAUGAUUGACAAAAAGCUGGCAAUGAAAAUUGGACCAGGUCAUUACGAGCCUUCAAAUGGAUCCCGGAACUGGUCAUUAGCAGCUGAGGGAAGAGAUUACAAGAUCUGGGAAGCAUUAUAACAGAAAUCAAAACAGCUUUGUCUGCAUCCCAACCACGUUAAGUUUAUCAAAGAAUGCUUAUUGCAGAUUUCUUCCACAAACUAAAACGAUACUCUGAACACGUAGGAUGCUACAUUUAUUCAAAGUCGCCGUUUCUAUUUUGAUCGAGCUUUCUGCUUUUAAUAAGUGGCCCACACCAGAAUUUUGACAGAACUUAUGAUAAAAUGAGAGAUUGAUGUUUGAGGCAGGAGAAUAAAGUAGUAUAUGUUAGAAGAUCCGAGGGUUGGUUCAUAGUCCUCUUAAUCUCUUAUACACUAUAGAUUUAUAUAUAAUACAGUUGUAUAUAUACAUUGUAAUUAUAUUACAGUGCCUUGUAGAAACAAUUUAGCCAGAAAGUUAUAGUAGUGAAAGUUAAAGUAGUUGAAGAAA